UUGUAGAAUGUUUAAAACAGACACACUUUGUUACAGAUGAAAGGAUGGCAAACUUUGGAAGUCCAGAUUUCUCUGGCUUGAGACAACCAUUAUCUGGACAGAUGUUUGGACCAAGGCAUUCUAGUCCUAAUAUUGCAGGAGCUAAUAGCCCUAUACCACCAAAUGUUGGACCUAUUCCAAAUGUUCCCCCACCAGGAUUUCCGGGGCCUCACAUGCAACUAUUCAACCCUGUAGGAGUACCGCAGUUCCCUACUGGUGCUCAAGCAAUGACAGGACUGCCAUGGGGUGCAGGAGUCUUGCCCGUAGUAGGACAGGUACCAGUGACAGUUCCACCACCACACCCUUGUUUUCCGACAGGUCUGGUACAACCCCCAGGACAGAUCGCAGCAGUCAAUCAGAUUCCUCCUGAACAGCAGACUGACCAGUCAGAAACCAAGAAAACUUUAUCAGAGGACGAACACAAACAUGAGCAUAAGCACAGACGUAAACACAAACAUGAGAGUCAUCGCAGCCAUCGUGAUGACAAACACCGGGAAAGAAAAUACUACAAAGAGAAGAAAAGAUCUCCAAAAAGCAGUCACCAUCAUGAGCAUGACAGGAAGAAAUCAUCUAAAUCCAGGCACAGAAGUGGUAAAAGUCAAGACGGAAAUAGUUUGAAAUCGAGCCAUGAUAAAAGAAGGCGACAUUCUCCUAGUCCAAGUGGAAAUCUGCAAAACUUAGAAGAGUAUAGAAGUGAUGGAAGAAGUGAAAGGAAUAUGCACAGUGCUGUUCUUAUAGAAGACAGAGAAAGUGACUUUGAAAGAGAAACAGAAAGGUUGGAAAUACCAGAUUACGAUGUUGAAGAUGGUGAAAUUUAUGACGAUGAUCCAUAUGAAACAACUUACUCGGAAAAUCAGUAUGUAGAGGAGGAAAGAAGAGACUGGAGGGAAGAUGAGCGAUAUGGUAGAGAUAGAGAUGAGAGAUAUGACAGAGAGAGGGAGGUCGGGAACAGAUCUAGAGAUAGAGGAAGAGAAAAAAGACAUGAAAGAUACAGGGAUGAUAGAUUAGAAGAAAGCAGAGAUAGUAGGAAUCAGCUAUCAGGUGAUAGGGGCAGUCGAUACAGAGAUGAUAGAAAAGACCUUGGGAGAGGAAAUAGAAAUUACUCAAGAGAUGGUAGAACAUAUUAUGAUGAUUAUUCAAGACUAGAUGAUCGUUUAAGACAAGAUGAUGUAUUACAUGAGAGUCGACAUUCAAGAUAUGAUGAAGAACCAGGUGAAAUAGAUGAUUUCAUGCAUGACAGCAAUUCAAGACGUAAAGGUACUUCAAGACUGGAUAAAUACUCAAGGCAUGUAGAUGAAUUUGGAUACAGUGAUAAUGAAAAACAGUUUGAUAGAAGAGGAUCUCAGUCUGAAAGGGGUGGUAGUAGGAGAGGUCCUGUCAGGGCAAUCUUGAUUGAAGAUCGUGAUGACAGGCCAAUUUUAAUGGAAGAUCGAGAUAACAGGCCAAUUUUAAGGGGGGGUCGUGAUGACAGGCUAGUUUUAAGGGAAGAUCAUGAUGAUAGGCCAAUGUUGAGGGAAGAUCGGGAUAACAGGCCAGUUCUAAGGGAAGAUCGUGGUAACAGGCCAGUUUUGAGGGAAAAUCGUGGUAACAGGCCAGUUCUAAGGGAAGAUCGGGAUAACAGGCCAGUUUUUAGGGAAGAUCGUGAUAACAGGCCAAUUCUAAGGGAAGAUCAUGAUAACAGGCAAAUUCUAAGAGAAGAUCGUGAUAUCAGGCCAGUUUUAAGGGAAGAUCGUGAUAACAGGCUAAUUUUAAGGGAAAAUCGUGAUAAUAGGUCAAUUUUAAGGGAAGACCGUGAUAACCGGCCAAUUUUAAGAGAAGAAAGGGAGUAUUCUAGUAGAAUUGGUGCUGUUUUGUUGGAAAAUGGUGAAGAAUUUGAUGAAAGAUAUGACAAACUAAGUAAUAGUGGACAGCUUCUGAAGUUCAAAGAUGACAGGAGAGAAAAUAGGGUCAGUGCUGUACUCCUGGAAGAUAGAGAAGACAAUAGGGGCCAUCCAAGAUUAAAGGAAAAAAGAAGAGAUUAUGAGGAGCCUCUGUCAAAAUCUUUAGAUGAAAGAGGGGAUAGUAGGGGUCGUCAUUCAGAUAGAGGACAUGUUGAAAGAGAUAGAAAUUUUGAAAAGGAUUUGAUUAUGGAAAGGGAUAAGAAAAAUCAUAAUAGGGGCAGAGGAAUUGAUAAUAGAGAACAAAUUGAUGUUAGAAAUACUGAAAAACUCAGUAGUGGUCCUGACAAGAUAACAAGAAGAGAUGAAAAAAGUGGAAAAGGGCAGAGUGACUUUAGGAGGGAACAUGAUGUUUUAAAGAGAAGUGAUGAUAUUGAAAGGGGUAAUAGAGGUAGGGGGAAAGGUAGAGCGUCUAGUAACUAUGAAGAACAAAAACGUAAUGGUCCAGCUGGUAGGGGCUGGGUGCCAGAGGGAGUUAGUGAUGCUCAGAGGGGACGCUCAGGUGCAUUAUUGUUAGAAGACAGGGAUAAGCAGUCAAGAGAUGAAAGACCUGAUACUAAUAGUGUUGGUAGAACAGGUGCAGUGUUGAUAGAAGAUAGAGUGGAGGACAGUUCCUUAGACAGAGGUCUCAGAGGUCGGGGCUCCUCAUUCAGAGUUCAGGGUCAGAGGUUAUUCUCGAUUGCAGACAGCAGAACAAAUGUGUGUAGGCAUUCACAAGAGAGAUCAUCAGAUUCUGGUGUGCAAAGUAACAAGAGGUCAAGGUCAAGUUCACAGGCAAAACAAGACGCUAGGGUGAAAAAAGAAAGAGUAUCCAUUGAGAGAGAGGAACCAGAAAAGAAGAGGAGAAGAGUAUGGGAACCAGCAAAAGAUGAUGUCAGUGUAACUAAAUGUAUAAGAAGUGGAAGUCCAGUGGUUCCAGAUGACAAUGAUUUGGAUGUUGAGCCAAUAGCGGCCUGGGUCAGAUGUUCCCCAGCAGAUCUAUACUUCACAAAGGAUCCUAAGACUGGAAAUAUGGUAACCACCAAACGCAUGCGUGACCUUGAAGAGCGUUUUGAUCAUGAACUUGUCCAGAGGGCAGCUAUGGUGAGAGCAUUACAGGAACCUUAUGAGCGGGAAUUGCCAAAACCAAACUGGAAAAACCAAUGUAAAGGCCAUACCCAUCAUUGUGGCCACUGUGGAGAAGAAAGUGAUUGCAGUUCAUCAUCGUCAUCAUCGUCGGAUUCAGAAUCAGAUUCGGAAGAAUGGUGGAUGGAAGAAAUGAAGUUUAAACAGCAAAAUCCCUACAGACUUCAUAGUGAGAUCUGGUAUAAUGAUCCUAAUGAGUUGAACUAUGGACCAUUGUGUCGCUGUAGUAACAAAGCCAGGAAGUUUGGGAUACGUCACAGUAUAUAUCCUGGUGAACAGCCACUACCUCAGUGUGACCUUAACAGUAACAACUUGGACAAACUGUAUCAUUAUCGUGUAACAGUGUCUCCUGCCAAAAACUUUAUUCUUAUCUAUACUAUACAUGUUGUAGAAGAACAAGUACCUGAGAAUUUUUCUGUACAAAGUCUGGACAUGUUAACAGAGUAUUUAUUUGAUGAAAUUCUUGAGCUGGUUGAUAUUGAUUGGAGAGGACCAGGGGGGGACACCCAACUCCUAUGCUGGGGGCCCUGUGUAAGAGAUUUUUUUCAACAUCAUGGGUGUACGACCACCCAACCCCAGCUAUGCUGGGACCCUGUAUAUAAGAAGAAGUGGAGAGAGUAUAUGAAAUUCCGUCAUCUGUUGUGGAGUAGAGCUAAAGUUCCUGCCAAUGAAAGACAGAAGUUAAAUGAACUUGAAAGUGAGCUUGAGAAAAUAAGAAUGAAGUGCACUAUGAAAAGGGAAGUAACUAUUGCAGUAUGUAGUGAAGGGUUUCUGAAGACUGGUAUUAGGGCAGACAUUUGUCAGCAUGCUAUGCUGUUGCCAGUAUUAUUUGAACAUCUCAGAUUCCAUGAAUGUCUGUCAGUUCUUGAGAAAUCCAUUGAUUACCAGUUCAAAGACAGAUCUCUUCUCCAGUUGGCCAUGACACACAGUUCAUACAAGAUAAAUUAUGGAACAAAUCCAGACCAUGGCAGGAACUCGUUGUCUAAUUGUGGAUUCAGACAGCUUGUGUUUGGAGAUCAUAAGGUUGUUACACAACAUAUGAGAAAAAGAGGAUUGAACAUACUGUUGAGGAUCAUGGCUAAAAUGGGACACAAGGAAGAGAAACGAUCAGAGAUACCACAUAAUGAAAGACUGGAAUUUCUUGGUGAUGCUGUUGUUGAAUUUGUAACCAGUACCCACCUGUACAACAUGUUUCCACAAGCGUCUGAAGGUGAACUUACCUUGUAUCGUGGUUCUCUAGUCAAUAAUGCCCACCUGUCUAUACUUGCUGAUAAACUUCGACUGCAAGAGUUCCUUUUAUAUGCUCAUGGACCAGACCUUUGUCAUGACAGUAAUUUGAAGCAUGCAAUGGCCAACUGUUUUGAGGCUCUUAUGGGUGCAUUAUUUCUUGAUGGUGGUAUAGAAUUAGCAGACAGGGUAUUUUCUAAGACCUGUUUUCAAGAGGAAGAUCUCUUUGAUACAUGGGUAAACACUCCAAAACAUCCACUGAUUUCUGACGAGCCAAACGGAGACAGACACUGGAUAGAACAAAGUCAUGUUUUACAGAAACUAGUUCAGUUUGAAGAAGACAUCGGUUAUGACUUUAGACACAUUCGCUUGCUGGCAAGAGCAUUCACUCAAAGGAAUGUUGGAUAUAAUAAUCUUACUUAUGGGCACAAUCAACGGCUUGAGUUUCUUGGAGAUACUAUAAUGCAGUUGAUCUGUACAGAAUAUCUCUUCAAACAUUUCCCUGAUCAUCAUGAAGGACAUCUUACUUUGUUGCGGAGUUCCCUUGUGAACAAUAAAACUCAGUCAACUGUAGCCACAGAGCUUGGAAUGCCAGAUUUUGUCAUAAAAGCAAACAUGACCAAGGUUGAUGAAAGACCUCUGAAUUACUCUGAUCUGAAAACUAAAGAAAAAGCAGAUUUGUUAGAAUCACUAUAUGGUGCUCUGUAUGUUGAUGGAGGCUUGGAACCAUGUCAGAUACUUACAGAUGUUUGCUUUUUCCCUAGAUUAGAGGACUUUAUCGCAGACCAAGAAUGGAAUGAUCCCAAGUCUCAGUUACAACAGUGUUGUCUCACACUCCGGGAAAUGAAUGAUGACAGUCCUGAUAUACCUGUUUAUAAGGUAAUAAGAAAAUACGGACCAACAAAUCUACGUAAGUAUAUGGUGGCAGUUUACUUCCGGGAGAAGAGACUUGCAGUUGGUGUAGCUGGCAGUAAACAGCAGGCAGAGAUGGUAGCAGCGGAAGCAGCACUAAAACAGUCACAAGGAUUAUUCCACAAAAGUGUUUAUCCUCCAAAAAUCAAAAACAAGGCUGUCGCAGCUUUGAAAAAGGAAAUUAAGCAGGAACCAAGUUAGAAAAUCAAGUAAUCAAAUUAGAACAUUAGACAGGAAUAUUUAAUUUGUUUUGGUUGGAUAAAAUCAAAGACUGAUCUACUUUCAAAGACGUUACAUAUGAAAUUCGAAAAGUUAAUUGGUAACUAGUUUAUAAUACAUACAUGGAUGUAAAAGCAUGCCUAGGAUGGAAUUUAUCAAGUAAACAAAAUAUGGACCAGAGCGAGAAUGAAACAAAAGAAACUGACAAGCCUGAAUGAAAAGUGGUAAUAUGUUUGAUGUGCAGCUACACUUUAACAGUGAAACACUCAACUCAGUUCUGAGGUUUUGUCAGUGAAUCAAGAUGAAGAGUGCUUUUGUGUAUUAUCUUUAAUGGAUUUAAUCCAAAUACGAUAUAUAUAAAUAUUUAAUAUUGGUAUUUCUAACAUGAUCUGCAGCAGUUGCUAUAUAAACAUAUAGCGAAAUCGCCUAUACAUGAAUCUACGAUAAAAUAUAGCUCUUCCAUUCCACCCUACGAUUGUAACAUGACUGUGAGAUUCUACUCUGCUUCUGUUAUAUACCGUCUAAAUACUCGACUUUUUCAGUGCUAUGUAGUAGUAAUAAAAAGUACAUCAAAUUUUCUGAAACAAACAAUUUCUAACUGAUGAUUUUAUUUGUUGAUAUUUUUACCGUAAGAAAAUGUUUCAGCCCGGUAAGUUUCAACACCAGUGUCUGGUCGUGUGUGUAGUUUACAAUUUCUGCGUUGUAGGCAUCACAAAUGUCAACUAGAUUCUUCUUUGACAGUAAAUAAAUCAUAAUUCAUGUUCCAGUCUUCCAGACUCAAGUAUUUACGUGUUUAUAUGCCGCCGCAAUGUUCUGGCGUGUAUGUUUCAGUGCCAUCAUGUAGGUGACGUGCACUAUUUUUAGAAACUGCAUAUAUAAACUUUGAAUGAAGUAUAUACUUCUGAUCUCUAUAUCCGACCUUAGAUGUUAUUGAAAAUAACAUUUUUACAGCAGUAACUACUUAAUACUUUAAUUAAAAUUUGCUGAAUAUUGGAAAAUUCCGUUUUAUGCAAUGCUUUCCAUUCGUGGGGAGGUUUUUACAAUAGCAUAUGGCCAGCCAAAUGACAUAUCAAGCUAAAAUGUAGUGCUGUUAAAUGCGAAGAAUUUGUGUGGUUAGAAUCGAAAUAAUAAAUAUGUUCCAAUAAUUUUAUCAGUUAAUAAAAUAUGGGCAGUCGUUCAGAUGGGAAUAUUAAAUCACUCGUGCUAUGCACUCGUGAUUUAAUUAUUACGCAUCCGAACUCCUGCCCAUAUUUUAUUAAAUGAUAAAAUAUAGGCACAUAUUUAUUAUUUCUUAAGUAGAUCAUACUGAAUGUGCUGCACAAACUAUUUUAGAGCUACAAUGUGUGCUAUUGUAGAAAUAAAUGAUGUGCUAUAUUUUACACAUGCUCUAAAUCUGAUCUUUUAGAUCAUGUCCCAGUCUCCCUUUCUUUGCUACCAGCAAAAUGAAUGUAACUGAUUGGCUUGUGGUGUAGGACUAGGACAAGAAACCACAAAAAUAGUCUUGAUUGCACUUUUACCUGACUUUUGACCUGCAUUAUGUUGAGACACUAUCAAGCAGGGAGAAAACAGUACUUGUAUGUGGUUGUUGUAAAGUUAUUAAAACAGUGAUGAUUGUACUUCCAGGUUAUGAGAUAAUUUUGGGUGACUGAAACUAUUUCAUUUUUUUUCUGGCAAGUAGAAUGUGUCCAGGCGCAUAGCUGCAUAAUGAAAAUCUGGCAAGCAUGCACAAUUAAAUUGGCUGAUCUGGAGCAUUAUAUCUAUUUGCAGGGUUCCCACGCUUCCUGGAAAACUGGAAAAGUCCUUGAAUUUUUCAUUUCAUUUUCAAGGCCUUGAAAGUACUUGAAUUUUAAAGAAAGAACAAAAAACCUGGAAAAAGUCGGGAAAUUUGUUCUUUCUGUAUGCUCACAGUAUUGCUAAUGUAUAUAAAAAGCAAACAUAUUGAAAUAGCAUACAUGUGAUAAGUUCAGAAUCCCAAAACUGGAGGUUUGUCAUUUUUCAGCUGGAGUUGGGGUCUCAAAACUGGAGGUUUUUUAUCGACAGAAAUUAAGCGCGCGGACACAAAUCUUAAAGACAAAAUCCAACAUUUUAGGCCACACAAUAACGCGUAAGUCUACACCAGAAGAAACAAUCCUCAUAACUCUUGAUUUGAAUUUUGACAGAGUUAUGCCACUUUUUAACUUACAUUUUUUUGUUAAAGUUUUAUAUAAUGUCCAAUAUCUCUGUUACAUUCAAAGCUAUUGACUAUUAUGCCUUUACUGGCAAAGCUUUAAUUCAGAGUCAAUCACUGAGAAAAGACGAGCAUGCUGUCUUACAGAAGCUCCCUCUUGUUUUAACUUAAAACUUUCUUAACAGAUUAAAUUUGUAAAAACAAAGUCUCAAUUUAGGUCUGAAAUGGUGGUGAACAUUGCAUUAACAUUUUCAGUCUACUUUAGGACUGAAAAAAAAACGAAGCUCUAAACUGGUCUGAUCACAACUCAUAAAUUAUGUCAAUUCCUUACCCCACCCACUCGUAUAAAAACACUGAUUUUGACAUGAAAAACAGAAAACAGAAAUGCAUCAACAUGUAUUUACCCUUACCAAAAUAAUGUAGAUUGAUGUUAUCAAAUUAAUGAGUGUGUGUUUUCAUCCAAUUUUCAAUGAAAUACAAGUCCGAUUUUAUUAGCAAAUUAAUUUGGUAAAUAUUGGAAGAAAAUGGCGUAACUGCAUAAGGGGAAGUAACAUUCAUGUUCUAAAAAUAGUAAUGGGUUGGUUUUUCCAACAAUUAUUUAUGUGAUUUUAUUACUUUAAAUAAUCAAAAAUUCAUUUCAGCUGGGAAUUAUUUCUUAUGACUGGGAGAUUUUUGCUUCAAAUUGGUAAAAAAUGGAGCCUAAUUAGCAUUGAGAAUGGGCCGAUAUUCGGCCCCUUGAGACAGGUGGAAAAGGCCCUGCUUGUCUAAUCCCUUAUCAAAACAAACAAUUAAUCAUGUUAUCAAAAUUCACCUGUGAAAAACAACCCUUUCCUCCAGCUACAUGUGUGUCAAACAUUCAAACAUGUAUAAUACACAACUGUUAGUGACACUUUGAUUUACUGUGUAAACAUGUCUGGCACUCCUCGAUAAUUAUCAACCCAGUCAUAAUACUGAUUUUUUUUUUUCUUUUUGAAAAGCGGGAGAAUUAAGGUUUUGGUCGGGAGACGGGAGGCAAGGUGAAAAAAUCGGGAUUUUGACCCUCCCGCGCGGGAGAUCACAUGUAUGGAAAUAGAGAAACACCGGCAUUGCUAUCCCUGUUCUUGAAAAAUUUGCGUCUUCAACUCUUCACAUCAGUUGAGAUUUUAGUGGUGUUACACCUACUGAGUCUAUAUCGAGUUGUCUUUCUUUGUAUUAGCGUCUGGUGAUUAAGAUGAAAGAAAAACGUGACACACUUUGAAAAAUGAUUUCUUUCCUACAAACAAGAGAAAUUGGCAAAGCUAGUGUAAAAUACGACCUCAAAAGUCUGAAAAUUGACAAUAAAUCGGUAUUGCCAGAUGACUGCAUUGUCCACAAGAUUUCAUAAAUUGAAUUCUUUAAACUUAUUUUGAGCAAAUAACUUUUAGUUAUGGUUAAACAUUUCCUUGUAAAUAAGUUUUUAGUUGCAGUUUAUUACUUAAAUGUUCUGGGAAUAAGUUAGUUGAAUUAAUAAAAUGGUAAUAUCAGUCCUGUUUUUUUAGUUUGAUUAAAUUUACAUGUAUACCCCCGCCCAUGAAGUUCAAAGGGGGUAUAUUGGAGUCUGUCCAUCUGUCCAUUUAUGUCUGUCCAUGAUUCUUGUGAACCUAACUCUAAACUAUUUGAAGGGGUUUGUUGAAACUUAAGAGACAGGUAGUAUAUGUCAUGAGGCUGUUCAUAUUACAAGAUAAUCUAGCAAAGGGGAGAUAACUCGGACCUAAAUAUUUUCCAUUAUGUCUCUUAAACAGUACUACUUUAACCAAGUGACAGUGAGCGAGGCAGAAGUAUUCAUCCACUUUAGGGAUAGUUCUAGCUUAUUUUCUUAAAGUUCUAGCACCUAUUAGUCUAUUAGUCCUUGAAAAGAGUGGGAACCCUGCUAUUUGGUUAUAUCAUUUAACGGAGAAUGUUGUACGCAUCAAUCUAUCAAGUGUCUGGAUGUUUCAGGAUUUUCAUCUAGCUAUUAUGCGUCUUUGUAUGUAUGCCAGUGUCGAGGGUUCUGCCAAGAGAUUCUUCAGGACUAUGCGCUAUGUGAAGGCUUGUCUCUGGGCUGUAAUGUCCAUCAUCUGGCAUUGUGGUCACACGAGCACAAGCACAUUAAAUUUGGGUUGUUCAAAAAUUAGGAGUAACCUAAUAACCAUAGUAAUUCACCGUCAUCUUGAAUUAGAACAAAUCACAAUAUAUGCAACAGGAUAUCACAACAACUCUGCAAAUCUAUUUUAGAAUAUUCAACUCGUUCGUUCUUUAAUACUGUAAAUCACUUUAUAUUAGCGUGAUCUUUAUUUCGCGAAUUCGGGCACCCUGAAUUAUUUCGCAGAUUUAUGAAUUCGCGACGGGUCAGAAAUUUAAAUUCACGAAGGUUCUUAUCUCAUGUUAGCGAAAUUUCAGUUCCGGAAGUAGUGAUUAUAUCAAUGCCAAUUUUUCAGUACCGUACCGAAUUUAUGCAUGCCAAAGACUGGUCAAACACAUGAUCCGUAACGUUUAUUUCGUUUUAGCAAUCGGUUACUUUAUUCAUACAGACUGAAAUAUUUGAGCCUUUAAAUCCUUUAUUCAAUUUACUGGGGAUUAUUCUUAUUACACUUUAUAGCUGAUAAAAUGUUUGUUACAGCCAUUUCAUAAAUAAUCAACGUACAAGUAUAUAAUACAAUGGUGUGAUAAAUUGACCGCUUAUCCCCAUUGUUGUCUAAACAAAAUGUGUAAAAAAAUAAGGUUUGUUGAGAAGAUAAGGGAUGAUAUAGAUCUUCUCCUUGGGCAACACGUGCUCUGCUUGUUUGACACAUCCGAAGUGCAUCCAGAAGAUGCUCUCCGUUAAAAACUGCCAGCUGCAUGUAAAUGUAACCUCAAGCAGUAUAUUCUACAUGAACUAUUCAUCAUGUAUUGAAAUGUGAAAUGAAUUGAAAUUAAUUCAAUAAACAUCGAUGUUUAGGCGGCUAGUAUUCAUUGCUGAACUUGACCGUAUUUUGGACAUAUUUUCGGUUAUGUCGGUAUGUUAUGGAAGGAUAUUUACGCGGAUUCAUGAUUUUGCGAUGUACGCGAAAAAUAGCAAAAAUUAAAACACCGCGAAUAAUACCGGAUUUACAGUAUCGUUUUCAUAAGAAUAUCUGUAGAAAUCUGAGCAAACCAUUAAAUGAUGUAUAGUUUUCAAACAACUGAAAACAGCGAGUUAUUGUAGAUCUGUAGUGAAAUUGAACAUAACCAUUUAUUAGCAAUAAUACCGAUAAUAUGAUAAGGCUAUAUACAACAAUGAAUAUGAUUUUUUUUUACGAUUUCAAGAGCUAAAACUCUAAGUUUAUAGUCAUGAAUUAAAUAUAUUUUUGCGUUAACAGACUCGAAUAGCUUACUGAAAAUUAAAAUUCUGAUUUUUUAAAAGGUAUGUUUUCAAUAAUAUUGCAGACUAAUCAUGUUUUAGUCGUUGGGCUGGAAUAUGUUUUAAACCAUUAAAUAUAUCAGUGUGUCAGCUUUGGUUCAGCAGAACACAGCGAAUACAGUAUUUUCUAAAACUCAAAGGGUCAGGGCGCAAGUAAUCUAAGUGAAUAUAAAUAAAGAAACACUAUGAACAUUUUCAAUAUCUCCUCGAUAUGUCUUCGUUGAUUUAUUUUGAAAUUAUGAAAAAAGUCUAUAUUUUUAAACAACCAAUGUAUUUAGAGACGAGACCAUUUACUUUGUUUAAAUGAUCGGUCAGUUUGCAUAGAAAAAGGAUAUAGAAGAUUCUCUCUGUUGUUUAGAGUUAACAUAGGCUAUCUAUAACUUUUCUAUAAUAAAAAAAUGUCUCUUAAGUCUACAUGCAGAUCUGCUGCAUAUUUUUUCACAUGUGUGUAAGUCUACUAAAAUAAUACAUUUUAUAUGAAAUUUAUUAAAAAAGAACAAGCUUAAGUGCACUGUAUUUACUUCAAAUAUAUACCAAAAUGUGUCAUUUGCCAAUCUCACUUAAAAAAAUUACAGGGGAGGAUAGCCCCGUACCCCACCCUGCGUACUAUGAAUAAGGUCCCAGCUAUGUGCCUGGUGUCAUUGCUUUUCAUGCUUUACAUCUGUUCAUUGUAUUUACAUGUUUUAAGAUGGAAUAGUGUUAAUCUAUAUCAUGUAUUUAUUUGAUACAUUGAAAUAUCACCAAUCAUUGCAGAAUUGUGUUAUUUAUUGAAUAGUUUUUGAAAAUUCUUAUAUCAGAUUAUGAGAGGAACAAAAAAUGUUUUACUAAAAUAUUGGCAUAUGGAUGGGAAGAAUAAAUUUUGUAAAAACCUUA